AUGCCCUCCCAGCAGCAAGAUCCUCACCAAGGUGGCACACUCUCCGAGAUGGCGGCCACGGGAACCACUAUCCCCAACGAUGCCGGUCAACAGCGCACCAUUCCCUCCGUACCACGCCCAGACCAACGCGCCGAGCACUUUUUGUAUGAUAAUGAGGGCGUGGCGAAGCCAAGCACGGCCUUCGCAGUCGACAACCCCACCGACCUGCCGCGCUCGACACGGGACAUUGGCAUGACUGGGGAUGUCAUUACGGGGACGGGUGACUCGCUGCCAGCAGAGGUGGAGUCGAAGCGUACCCAAAUGGGCACGAAUAACCCCUCCGCCAAAGGCGAUGUUCGUGCUACGAAGCAUGAGAAGGGUCAGAGUGCUUUUGACCGGUUUGCGAAGGAGGAUCCGGAUUCUGGGGACAAGAUUGGUGAACAUGCGGGAAGAAAUGCGUGA